GGUGCUUCUUUGGCAAGCGACUCCAUUCAACAUGGAGAACAGAAGAUAGCCUUGCUCGCUCUGCGUUUCGCUGCUCUCACUCUGUUCUCGGUCACUUUCGGCUUUCGGACACAAACUAUGAAUUCCCCAUUUCACACACACACCCUCCCCCGUUCGCGUGCGUAGAUUUCAACCUACAGGACUCGGUCACGUGCGUUUGACGUGAUGUUCGUUUGACUGAAUCGUUCCUCGCCUACUUCACGUUAGUUAAAUCAGGCACUGACGUAAACUGUUACAUCGGCUACAGUUGUAACACUUACAAACUACCGGUGUUCCCUUUUUUUUUUUUUUUUUGAUUUGUUAAACGCUACAACGUCCUCUCUGCGCUCUCGACAUCCGGAGGACGGUUCGAACACGAGAUAGUUUUCGUGAAAACAAAUCCGCAAAGUUUUGCGCCGAGCUUGCGGGGUAUUUGGGUGAAAGGUGACAGCGCCCUUUAGUCUGCGGACUCGGGAGAAUGCACAAUGCGGCGAGUGUCUCAGCCUCUCUGGGGUCCAUGGGACUGUUGCGUCUCUUCGGGGUGUCGUGGUCCUGGAGCCUGGCAGCAGGCCUUGGGGUUUAUCUGGGCACAAAAAGUUGGAAAUACUUCUACAUUGCGGCACGCACAGCCAAGAGAGACAUCAAUGGUCUCUAUGUGCUGUUGAGAGUGAAGAUGGCUUUGUGGCGCUACAUGCGCAGUGAAAGUAACAUUCCUGCCAUAUUCGCCCAGACAGUGAAAAGACAUCCAAAUAAACCAGCACUCAUCUAUGAGGCCACGGGGGAAACGUGGACGUUCACACAGCUGGACGAGCUGUCUAACGCGGUGGCCCACUGGGCAAGAGGUCAGGGGUGGGUCUCAGGCGACGUGGUGGCCCUCUUCAUGGAAAGCAGGCCGUUACAGGUGGCGCUUUGGCUCGGCUUGGCCAAGGUCGGGGUGGAAGCUGCACUCAUCAACUUCAACCUCCGCCACGAUUCCCUCAUGCACUGUAUCGGGGCGUCGGGCUCUCGCGCUAUUGUGUUCGGAGCUGAGCUUGCUGAUGCCAUGUUGGAAGUCAGUUCCUCCAACAGCCAGUCCAUGCUGCGGUUUAGUACGGGGGACCUCAGUGCAGAACAUCUGGCCCGACUGGAAGCUCAACCUCUGGACCCAAUUUUAACGUCUUCACCUAGACAUCCCCCUUCCCCUUGUGUUCCCCACAAAGGCAUGAACGACCGCCUAUUUUAUAUUUACACCUCCGGCACCACAGGACUGCCCAAAGCUGCCAUUGUAGUACACAGUCGCUACUACAGAAUCGCUGCUUUUGGCUAUUUUGCCUUUCGCAUGAGUCCUGUUGACAUCAUCUACGACUGCCUGCCUCUCUACCACUCAGCAGGUAAUAUUAUGGGCGUCGGUCAGUGUCUGAUCUAUGGCCUCACUGUGGUAGUGAAGAAGAAAUUCUCUGCCAGCCGAUUCUGGGAAGAUUGCAUUAAGUACAACUGCACUAUAGUGCAGUACAUCGGGGAAAUCUGCCGCUACUUACUAUCUCAGCCAGUGCGACCAUCAGAAAAAGGCCACAAAGUUCGGCUGGCAGUGGGAAACGGGUUGCGCCCCAGUGUGUGGGAGGCCUUCACUGAGCGCUUUCGGGUGAAGCAGAUUGGCGAGUUCUAUGGAGCAACCGAGUGCAACUGCAGCAUUGCCAACAUGGAUGGCAAGGUGGGAGCCUGUGGAUUCAACAGUCGCAUUCUCCCCAACGUGUACCCAAUCCGUCUGGUGAGGGUGGACGAGGACAGCAUGGAGCUGGUUCGUGACAGCCGGGGCCUCUGCGUGUCUUGCCGCCCUGGGGAGCCAGGACUACUCGUGGGUCGUAUCAACCAACAGGACCCAUUACGGCGUUUCGAUGGCUAUGCUAACCAGGAUGCUACGAGGAAGAAGAUAGCUCACAAUGUCUUCAAGAAAAAUGAUUCUGCGUAUCUAUCAGGUGACGUGCUGGUGAUGGACGACAUGGGCUACAUGUACUUCCGUGACCGCAGUGGAGAUACAUUCCGCUGGCGAGGAGAAAAUGUCUCUACCACCGAGGUGGAAGGUAUACUCAGCAGUCUUCUGGGUCAGACGGAUGUCGCUGUGUAUGGCGUGGCAGUGCCAGGUGUGGAAGGUAAGGCAGGCAUGGCUGCCAUUGCAGACACCACAGGGAAUUUUGACUGCAACAGUUUCCUGCAGAAAGUCCAGCAAGCUCUUCCUUCGUAUGCGCGGCCCGUAUUCCUGCGAAUCUCUCCACAUGUGGACACCACAGGUACAUUUAAAAUCCAGAAAACCAGGCUGCAGAGGGAGGAAUUUGACCCACGCCUCACCACUGACCAGAUCUACUUUUUGAACUCUAGAGCUGCAUGUUAUGAGGCAGUAGACGAGGAGCUAUACAAUGCUAUAGUGGAGGGAAGAAUGUCUCUAUGACAUGGAGGCUGUAGCAAGGCAGGCAUGGUGUCUCAGUUGAAGAGAUGCUGUAGAGAGAGAGGAUAACGUAUGCAAUUACUGGUGUCCGGAUUUAACCUUUCAGGGAACAAAGUUGAGAAGACUACGUGCAUAGAAUUACAUGGAAAAUUGGUAAAGAUGCGGUUUUAACACUCUAUGAGUAACACACCAGGACAUAAUAUGAGGGCAUUUAUUCCCUUUAAUAACUUGUUUUUAAUUAUUAAAUAAAUACGUUCAACCUCGCAUAGAGUGGGUAUCCCCCACAACAACACAAUUGAAAUAGGAUACAUGUUACAAUAUUGAGCUUAGGACAGAAAGGUGUUGCAUCAUGUCAAACUCUGUUACAGGGUAUAUUCCCAUUUAUUUAACAUGUUGCAAGACUAAGUAUUUGUAGGUUUAGGGAAUACUUGAGUGUGAAGCUAUGGAGUUACUGAUGUGUGGUUGGAUGAGGCUGAAGGACCAGACUUCAACAUGCAGUACAUAUGGCUACUAGAUAAAACACUAACUAAUAGUCCCUCUUUUUUUUUUUAAUACAAUGAAAAACUAAUCUCACUUUUCAUGUUUGAAACUCUGUACAACACUGCCACACUUUUGCAAACACACAAAAGUUGUUACGGUAUGUGCCUUAUAUGAAACCUCAGAUAUGUGUUUCAUUUUGUUAUGCUUUUCUUGGAGAGGAGCUCAAAACAAUUGUGAAAUCACUGUAGUGAUUGUGUGUCAUGCAAAGCUGAGUCACCGGAGGUGACUGUCAUGUUAUGUAACAAAAUCUUAUCAGUGUAGUAAUAUAUUGGUGUUACAGCUAUUUACAAUUUCAGAUCUCACUUUUUUUUGUUUUUUUUUGUUGUAACUCAAAUUAAAUAUUUAAAAACA